GUCGUGGGGUAUCGUCGAAGGGAAACGGGAAACGGCUUGGCUCAAGGCCCCAUCUUCCUCUGCUGUGCAAGCACUGUUAACUGAGAAGCGCAACGGCUACGUGAGGUGGUAGUGGCCCUGGCCUUCUGUGCUUUCCUUUGAACACUCGAGGCCUUUUCUCCAUACGACUCGACCCUUGACAAGAGUGUAAAAGCAGACCCGCUAGGCGAACUGCUCAGCCCAACAAGUAGCAGGCAUGGAUACCGCUGCGCCAGGGGCCGCAUCGCUCGGCACCUCAAGUCAAGCCAAUCAUGAAGCUAAAGUCGCCGCUAAGACAGCACAGCAGCAGGAAGAUCAAGACACAUCCAGUGCAGGGCCCAAUGCUGCUAGCGAUGCGGAUCGCAUGGAUGCUGAUGAAAGGAGAGACCAAGGUCAAGUGGAAGACGAUGAAGAAGUCGAAGACGAUGACUGGCUUUUCAGCGAUACCGACAUCACGCAUCUCGGUCAAGGUAUUCAACGACAAAAGCAGCGGCAGAUGUACCACUCUACUCGAUAUCCCAUCAACGCUGCCAACUCGGAACGCAUUCUAAAUGACCCAGGCUCCGACGCAAGGAGCAUGGGUCAAGGCGACAUAGACGACUCUGCGCGAGUCUUGCAGGCUACGCCGCCCACGUUUCCUUUGAAGCUGUCAACCAGUGAAGAUCCGCACAGUACUGAACGCCCAUUCCAUGCUAUCGGCAUGGAAGAAAGGGACAGCAGGAAAUUGAUGGCCACAUUCGAAGAUACCGGCUACCGAGAGGGUAUUACAGCAGGCAAGCUCUCGACACUGCAGGAAGGAUUUGAUGAGGCCUUCGCGGAUAUUGGUGUGCCGCUCGGACGACGGCUGGGAAGCUUGAAAGGGAGGCUGGACGUUCUGCGCUUCGUUACAGCUCAAAUGGCCGAUGCUCUAGGAAUCGCACAAGACCGGGGGGCAUCGCAUCAAAUGCACAGGUGUGAAACCCAGCAGCAUCAACAACACCUGCAGGAGCAGGGACAACAGUCGAAUGCAACAGUGUCAGUCUCGCCGCUGCUACCCGCUGCACCAAAGUUGGAACUCUCGCUUGAGGAUGAUGCACGGCCUUCGCGUUGGAGAUCUCGAGAUUCAUCUCUGUCUACGUCAGCAAGAAAAGCAGCAGUAACAGCAUUGGACUCAGACUUGGAGGAUGCACCGCUCGCCGCUGUUAGAACGCGCUGGAAAGGGGUUUCAGCUUCACCUUCAACUUCAGCGGCCUCUUCAGCUGCGAAUUCUCCACGCCACAAGGGCCGAGUAUUACCAGCUUUUGACCUUGCAUCAGCAGCGAACGGCCCGUUUUUGUCAUACGCAGCACUCCCAUUCAUCUCGCUCUCUUCCCGCGUACCUCCAACGGCGUCGCCAUCGGCAGCGGGCGGCUUGCGCGAUUUCACGCUGUCGCAGCUGCGCGAUGCAUGCGCCACACUCGACUCGCUGAGUGCGGAGACACGCGCGCUAACGCUCGAGCAGAUCGCGCCGCCCGAUUGGGAGGCACUUGCGCAUGAGCGCGAGCACGAGCGCGAGCGGGAAAGCGAGCUAGGGGGUUGUGGGGGACUUUCUGCCGAACACACUUCAGAGGUAGGCACGGGUUGUGGUGAGCCUCAGGGUGGAGGUACGAGACAAGGCUCGCAGGAACAGACAAGGCAACGAGAGGAUGAGCAAGCCCGCUUGGCACCGCUCCACGCGAUCGAAACCAGGCUCGCUAGCGCUGAGGAAGCGGUGCUCGCUGCCGUGCGUGCGCUACGGGGACUUCCUGCGGCGUCGGAAUCGGCAGCGACAGCGAGCGCAAACACAGGUAUUGGCGGGACUCACGGAGAUGUCGAGCCGGCAAAAAGUGAGGUGACGGUGCAAGCUCGGCGGAUAUGUGCUUGAUGUGGAGCGCAAUGGUCAUUAUUUAACUCGCUGCACGCGGGGAGGAAGUCGCGGAUGGCUAAUUCUGAUAGCGCAGCAGCGGGAUGCUUGGUAAUAGCAUAUCGAAAUCCAAUACAAUAUGCC